GGCGCCUUGGUGAGUGAGCUGAUCUGCUUUGCUGAGGGGGGGGUGAGCCAUGGCAAUGCUGCUGUCGCUCUCCUCCCUUGCCUUCCUGCUGGGUUACCUAGUGCAUUGCAGCUGCGGGUAUGUGAUCGUCAACUCUGUGUCCUGGGCGGUCACCAACCAGGAGGAAGCAGUGUCCGCCGAGGUGGACGAGGAGGUCGAGGUGGACGUGAUGCCCAACCGCCUGUUCGAGAGCAGCAGCAGCAUCUGGAAAGCCUCCUACCCCGCCGCUGUCUACCAGGAGCAGGAUGGGAACUCCAGGGCCGAGCUCCCCAGUCCUAAAGAGGUCCUCAGCUUCCCCUCCAGGAUGUUUUCUUACCGCAGGGAAGGGCUGAGUGCGAAGGGGCCGGAGCAGGUUGCCACCGAGCAGCCCCAGCGGGAAAAAGCGCGCACCGCCCGCUACAUGGUCCACUCCAGCAUCUGGGGCUUUCUGGCCACCAUCUCCACCCUGGAUAAGAUCAAAGGUAUGCCAUUUGGAAACAUCUUUUCAAUCAGCGAUGGCCUCCUGGACAAUAGUACUGGUGUUCCAUUUUUCUACGUCUCUGCAAUGUUCAGCACAGUUGCAGAUCUGAUGACCAACCCUAGUGCUUCUCUAACAUUGUCAAAGGCUGACACAGAUUACUGCAGACAAAAUGUCAUUGACCUUGAAGACCCAAGAUGUGCCAGGCUGACUCUUACUGGUCAAAUGGUGACUGUGCCUGCUGAUGAAAUUGAAUUUGCAAGACAAGCUAUGUUUUCAAGGCAUCCUGUAAUGAAGAAAUGGCCUCCAGACCAUAACUGGUUCUUUAUGAAAAUGAAUAUUCAACAUGUGUGGCUUCAGGACUGGUUUGGAGGGGUUGCCAUCAUCCCACUGGAAGAUUAUUUCAAAGCAAGCCCAAUGAACACUGAAUAGGUUCUAAAAGAAAUGUUUUUUUCAAAAAGGAGGCAUUGUUUGCAGUUCUGGUGAAUUAAUUUUCUUGUGUUCAGACUGGAAAAGUUUGUUUCUUAUAAAGGUAUAUUGAUUAAGUACAGCAGGAACAUUUUUUUAUUUUUGAUUCUAGGGAUGUAUGCAUCACAAACAUUUAUUGAUAACCUUUGUUCCCAAGAAGGUGGUGGUGAGCCUUCUUCUUGAACAGUUGCGGUUCGUACAUGAAAAGUGUUGCUAUCGUGCCUCAAGGAUUUUGACCCAGUCAUGUUGGAAGAUACGUUGUGUGAUGCAGCAUGGGCAAAUUUGCCUCUUCUCCUUACCAAUACUUUUUGCCUACACAUGCCACACAUUACCACAUUAGUACGCUCAUACUCCAGGCACGAAAUGUGAGGUAUUCAGCACAGUUAAUAGCCCUCAGUAUUGUAAUGUUUCAUAUACAAUAUGAGAUUGUGCUUUGAAACUAGGCUUUUUUAGUAAAAUUCUGCACACUUUGUUCAGAAUUCUUUUUGCCUGCAAGGUUCCAAGUGUUGUUAUUCCACCAUGAGCUUUACCCAGUGCAAAAUGUGACUUUCAGAAAUAACACACCGUUGUAACUUGUAUUAUUCUGAGUUAGUUUAGAUGUACUGUUUCUAAAUCAUCUUUUGUAAUAGCCAGAAUAUGAAAAGGUCCAUGGCAAGGCAUUUGUUGUUAGCAGCAAUUUAUUCAUGUUGGUGUGAUCAAAUGUAACCUUGACAUUAAUGUGUUGGUAGUAUAAUAGUGAGCUACAUGAUCAAAGCAAGACUGUUCUCUGUCAUGCAAAAGCUGUGUUCAGCUGUUCUUCAGCUACUGUAUUGGAGAGUUUGUGUAAUGUGUUAAUUGUAAUAAAAUUUGUGAUAACAUAUGUUUUACUUUUGCUGGCUAAUAUUAAAAUAUCCUAAAAUUGCUGUCAAACUUGCUAAAA